CAAGCAAAGACUUGGUUGGUGUUCGAAUCAUGAUUCAAGUCAAUAACAAGGCAGCGUCACUGUCGCUCAGCGGCUCGUGACUCCGCCCCCUCAUUGCAUAUGCAGGUGGCUGGGUGCUGGGUCAGUGUUCAGCUCGGGUUCGGAGAGGAGAGUCGCGUCCGGAGGAGCUCCGACUCUCGGAUUACAACACAGCGGACCGGGACUCCUGGCUGGACUUGGACCUGCUCCUGGAUCAUUCUGGAUGAACUAAGAACCGCGGAGCGGACCGACCCAGGACGGUCUUCCUUCACCUCCGUUUCCGGUCCGUAUGGAUUACAAACACGUCUUGUCUUGAGGAGGAACGACGCGGAAGGUUUGGUUCUGCUGGCUCGUCGAUGAAAUAUCUUCCCCCGGAUUCGGACCGAGUGAGAGUCAGAGCCAGACGCGCCGCCGCGGUGCCUUUGUUGGACCCGGUUCGACAGGCGAAGCGGCUUCCGAUCCGGGUGGUGAAGAUGUUGACGACUCACACGGGACACUUGCUGCACCCCGAGUACCUCCAGCCGCUGACCCCGGCCCCGGUCAGCAUCGAGCUGGACGCCAAGAAGAGCCCGCUGGCCCUGCUGGCUCAGACCUGCUCUCAGAUCGGGAAACCGGACCCGCCGUCCUCUUCUAAGAUGAACUCUCACAGUGAGAAAGAGCCCGCUGGGCGCUCGUCCGCCGCAAAGUCUGUGGAGCCGCGGCCCAGCUCGGAGGACAAGUCCGGCUUCAAGCCGUACAGCAAGAGCGCCGGGGACUGUCGCCGGGACGGAGUCAGCAGCAGCUCCGCUGGCACUGACAAGGUCGGGUUCAGGUUGGCCAGCAACAACGGCGUCUCGAAUGGGAGUACCAGCGACGCACAGCCGUCCUAUCCCCAAGCCGUGUCCCCCGUCUCUCCGGGACAUCCGCCUCCCAAACAUUCCCCUGGUGGUCGGUCUUCAACUCAGACCCCCAACAGAGAUCCGUCUCCGGAGCAGCGCAGUCCCUCCGGCAGCAGCGGGAACAAGAAGGACUCUGAGAAGAGUGGGUCGGACAGUCCGCACCAGGCCAACUCCAGCCAGGUCAGAGCCAGCACGAACUGCAGCACCAGCAGCGCUGACUCCCACCCCGAGGGGGGUAAGGUGGACUCCUCCCAGUCUGGCCUGGGACCCGGACACGUGACUCCCAUCUCUCCCUACAAGUGCAGCCAAACGCUGUUUCCUCUGGCGUCCUCCACCCUGGGCUACCACGGGUCCGUGGUGGGCUCUUACGCAGGAUACCCGUCGCAGUUUGUCCCCGGCUUGGACCACGGCAAGUCCAGCCUGGGUGGAAUGGGAGUUCCUGGAAAGCACUCGAGCUCCAGCCCCCUGGCAGGCGCCUCCCCUCCGUCCUUCAUGCAGAGCCUGUGCAGGGACCCCUACUGCCUCACCUACCCGGGCAUGUCCCCCCUCGGCGGGGGCAACUGCAACUCCUGCGUCCACGACCCGUCCUCCAGCCUCAAGUCCAGCUUCCCGCUGGUCUACCCAUCCCACCCGCUACACUCCCUCCCCUCCAGCGUGCCCUCAUCCCUUUCUCACCCCCUCUACUCGUACGGCUUCAUGCUCCCCAACGACCCCCUUCCUCACGCCUGCAACUGGGUUUCUGCCAGCGGCCCGUGCGAGAAGCGCUUCGGCACUUCGGACGAGCUCCUGGCUCACCUCCGCACGCACACCGGCCUGCCAGUCGGGAUAGACAGUAAGCUACUCUCCGUUUCCACCUCCGGACCUUCCUGUCACCUCCACCUCCCCCUCCCCCUCCAGAGCAGCGCCGCCUCCAUGCCCACCUCCCUCUCACUCAGGGCCCCCCCCAGCCUGAGUCUGGCCCGCUAUCACCCCUACAGUAAAGUGCACCUGCCCCCUGGACCCUCGUCCCUCUCACUACACUCGCUGCCGGCCGCGGGCCCGUACUACCCCCACUACGCCCUCUACAGUCAGAGACUGGGAUCUGCCUCAGCGCUGGGCUUCCAGUGAGACUUCAGCUGUGUCUAAAGGAAUAGUUUGACCCUUGCUUUCAACAUGACUGGAGGUUUGUCGACAAUAAAGACAUGAGAACAACUUCCUGUUUACUAUAAAUGUCAGGUUUGUUUUUUGUCGGACGAAACUCUCUUCCAUUGCUACAUUUUCCUGUCAUGGUUGCGAUCUUAACAAUCAGCUGUUAGCUUUGACCUGUAUCAACUGAACUGUUGUUGCUGAAGCAUGGAGUGAAGGGAGGAAACGGGAGCAAAAUGGAAUCGUGUUUGUGUUGGGAGAAGUGAGUCAUUGGUUGCUAAACGUAACAAAGAGAUUCUCAGUUGACUGGAGAAAGGAAAAGUAAAGGAUUCUAAAAACAAAUCCACAUCGUAGGAAUGAACAGGUGAAAGUUGACUUGAAGAACCGGAGAUUUGGAGAGAAAACCCCAAAAGUAUUUGCGUCUCGCUCGUGAUUCUGGGUUUGAAACACAUGUUAGUAAUUGUUUUGGGGAGUUUCUUUACUAGUGCUAGCUUAAAGACACACUGACUAGCCUUUUGCUCUGCUACGAAACAACGAAAGCAGUUUCUGUCCUCCGUGCUCCACGUCACUCGCAGUCGACCUACUAUGAACAUCUUUUUUUGCUGUCAACAAAUGAACUAUCAAAUGUUUUUUUUUGCAUUUCAGCCUCAUAGUUUUGGUCAUUUGUUGCAUUACAUUUUGAGAAUCCUGCCACUGUUGAGUGUAAACUUUCCACUGGAAAUUUAAAGAUACGAGAUUCUAAUUUGGUUUGUUGUUUAGCUUAGCUGACAACUCAACGUGUCACCAAGGGGCAAAGUUGAUCCUGGGGAGACCUUGCUGUCGUAGCUCCGUAGCUUGACCCUGCUUCACCGUCAUGUCAAACUGUUCCUGUAAACACACCUCUGAUGUUGGGUUGAUAGCUUUAACAAACCUCCCCAGUUCUGCAUGCUUUCCUUUGAAUAGAGUUUGUAUUUAUUUCGACCGAUCCUACGAGAAUGAAUGUUCCAACUCAUGCCCGCCACCAAAAUGCCAUCUUUUGUAACACCUGUGGUGGCGCCGCGAGGCCUUAUUUUCUUAAAUAAACACG